UGGCCAGAAUUAAAAUCUUUGAAAAUGUCUCGUCUUGAAGCUAAAAAGCCUCCAUUGUUUAUUAGCGAACCUUUAACUAAAGAUACACUUAGUCAGUCACUGUCUCUGCUGAGUGAAAUAUUAAAAUCUUGCUAUGGUCCUGCUGGUAGACUCAAACAGCUCCACAAUGGUGUGGGAGGCUAUGUUUGUACAACUUCACAGUCUUCAGCUAUUCUCGGUCGCCUUUCUGUCAGUCAUCCUGUGUUAAGUGUUUUGACGGCCUCUGUACAGAAUCAUACAUCCCGCUUCAGUGACUGUGGCUUGUUUACUGCCAUUCUUUGCUGUAGUUUGAUUGAGAACUUUAAAAGCUUAAACGUUGCCUCUUGCACUGUCAUUAAAAUAAGCAAGCAUCUUCUGAGUUUGUGUUUGGACUACCUCAAAUCUGAGGCCUGUGGUUGCCGAGUGUCUGUGGAUUUUAGCAGUGUUGACACUCUCCUUUGUUUGGUACGUAGCGUAUUAACAAGUAAACCUGCUUGCAUGCUUAAUAAACCAGAAGUUGAUCAUCUUGCCGUGCUGAUUUUAAAGGCUUUUAUGUUUACUGUUCCAUGCCAUGUUGAGACUGAUGCUGUUUUAGGAAAGUGUAUAAUAGUACCUGUGAAAGGUAGAAGAGUUGCGGAUUCUGCAGUUCUUCCUGGACUACUGAUAGAAACACCAGAAAUUCAAUUGGCAAAACCACUUCCUCUCAAAAGAACCUGUUCAAACAUGAUCAAGAUAGCGCUUUUCUGUGUGUCCAUGUCAGGAGACUGCUUCAGCCCUGAAGAAGGAACUCUAGCAGUCCAUCAUGGAAUUUCCCUAGAAAGGUCAGAGCUGAAUCAGUUGCUUAAUGUCGGAAAGCAGCUGGUUAAUGAUGAGGUCGGCCUUGUAGUGUGCCAGAAAGUUAUCCAUCCGUCCUUGAAACAGUAUCUGAAAGAGAACCAUGUCAUUGCUGUGGACAGAGCUGGGCUCUCUCUGAUGGAACCCCUGAGGCGGAUGACAGGUUCAGAGCCUAUAGCUUCCAUACAUUUGUUGCCUCCUAGUUGUUAUGGCAGUUUGAAGGAUGUGUGUGUUGAGAGUUUUGCUUCAAAACAUUUUGUGCAUCUAAUUCCUAGUGAAGCAGUUGUCUGCAGCUUGAUACUCUGUAACAGAAAUGAAACAUCAUGGGAUGAAUUGAAGCGUGCCUGUGAAACUGCAGAACAUGUGUUACAGUUAACGAUCAAGGAACCUUUGGCAUUAUUAGGAGGUGGCUGUACAGAAACUCACCUGGCUUCAUACAUAAGACACAAGAGUUGUAGUCUGUUCACCAGCAGUUUUAAGGAUAUAGAUUGUUCUCAGACACAAUACCAAUUGGUUGCUGAUGGGUUUUGCCGUUCCCUGGAGUCUGUAGCUUGCUGUCUGAAUCAUGAUGGUGGAGAAAUUCUUACAGACAUGGUUUAUGGACACUGUUGGUUUGUUCCAUCAGGUUUUCCCUCUGUCUCUAAUUGGUCAGAUUUAGUUUCAAAAUGUGGCUGUGGGAUUAAUGACAACACUGGGAAUCUCAACUGGAAGCUUCUGCGAGGCCAGUUUGGCUCACCUGUUGCACAGGGCUGCCCUAAAGAGCCCUCAGGAAAGGUUGCUGACUUUCUGACAUUGGACUGUUUUGCUGCGAAGUGUAGUGGCCUACAAGUGGCUCUGGAGACAGCCAAUCUGAUUUUGGAUCUCUCGUAUGUAAUUGAAGAUCAAAAUUAACUCUGAUCUUAUGUGAACUGUGUUGCACAGCAAGAUAGUUAAUUGAAAGCAGAGUGUAUAACGUGUUAAAAUACUUUAAAUGGUUAGAAUAUGAACAACAGACAAAUUUUAAAUCAAACGGUCAUUAAGUAUUCUUCUGAUUGUUAAUCUGCUGUGUCCUCAAGCAUUUUCAAACAUUUAACACUGUUAGGAACUGUUAAAUGAUUAGCCAAAUAUACAAUGAAUCAUAGUAACAUAUGAUUUAUGAGUAUUCAAAAUAGCGUAUUCAAGAGUGAAUGACACUUUGAUAUUUCCUCUGCAUUAAGCAAGGUUUUGGAUGUUCGUAAGCUCUGUUGCAUCGUCAGAGGAAUGGGUAAAAUGGAUUCACUUGCUGAGAAAACAUAUGUUAUGGAUUAGAAUUUAUGCAAUUUAUUUAGUUUAGCAAAUACCUUGAGCCACUCGUUUUCAAAUUUUGUUCAAAGAUAUUGUCACCAUAUACUAUAUGCAGUUUCUGUUUCUAAAUGGCCAGAAGAUUUUAGUUCAUCUAUGUAGUUUAUUUAGCAGGUUAUUAAAAAUCAACCUGCAGAUCUUCAGUUAGCAGGUAGGUCAUAAAUAAUUGAAAAGAAAUGGCAGACUGUGUGGAAAAAACUUUUGUAAGGUGGACCUUGAUUGUCCUCUGUGGAAUACAGGACAGUUUAUAAAUAAUAUUUCUAUCAUUUCAGCAAAGUUGCAGGAAAGAAAGUCCCAGUUAACAUUCAAUUAACUCUUUGACUGUGCAUAGCUUCUCUUCUUUUAAUGAAGUAAGGCUUUAAGCUGCUCAGUCUUGUUUUGAUCUUUAAAUAAGGCUGUAGACUGAAUGAUCGAAACUUUUUCUCAUUUUCAGCUUGCGUGCAAGAUCAAAAGGGGUGUUACAGUUUCUUGCUUAAACUCAUUUUCUUUUUCCCUUUUCUCCCUUUUUGUUUUCAGCCACAAGGGACAAAUUGUUCAUGACGUGCUUUUCCAGAAAACAUCCGAGUUGUAGACUAGUCUCUUAUUUGUUUCCUGGUCUCUUAAGUUUUUAAUAUAUUUACUGAACAUAAGAAGUAGAAUUGUUUUGCAUAACUUGGUUUUGAAAUAUGUAAUUAAAGACAGAUCUUUCCAGACCUUUUGUACAAAGUCCUUUUCAUUUUAAGACCAUAAAUAAUCAUUUUCUCACUGGAAAAAGUGAAAAGUUAUUUAAAGUUCUUUAUCUUUUUAUGACCUGAAAUGAUUGCUUCAGUGCUAUAAGGCAUCCUUUGGGAAUUUGUGGAAGAAUGUUACAAGGGUUGAGAUGGAAUAUGUUCAAAGUUGGUUAUUAAAAAGGCUACUUUCAUAUCUUGAUCCUCCCAUAUAACAUGAACCAUAUGAAAACAUCAGGAAUAAUGAAGCCAAAUGAUGGUGUAUAUCUUAAGGCACAGAAGAAUCUUGGUAACACUUCAUCUAAUUAUGAGUCUCUAACUCAGUGUUGAAUUAGAGUAUUUUACUUCCUAUAAUAGCAGCUUGUUAUGCAGCACAAAAAUGUUGAGUUUAGUGAUUACAGCUGUGAAGUGAAAAUUAAAACAAUAUUUAAGUAGA